GAGAAACUCGUCAAAGACUUGGGCCAGAAGAAUGAGCAGCCUAACAGAGGAGCAGCUGAUUGACAUGGUUAGAAACUUCAUUGAAUCUGAAUCCGAGCUCUCAGCGCCAUUUUCAGACUCGCAUCGUCGAAAACACAAACCCAGAUGCCUCGCUUUGCAGGAAAUAUUGUGGGAGACUACAGAUACUGAAGUUGAGGUUCUUCAGAGAGUCUUGAAGCAAGUGGAAAACGUUGAGUUUGCAAGCGCCACCGAUUUGAAGAAGCGGGUGGUGAUGAAGCUGAAACUGGAUGGCUUUGAAGCUUCUCUUUGUAAAACAUACUGGGAUUCCACUUUUCAUUGCUCUAAAGUUUUCCACUUCACAUGUGAUUAUGAGUACAUUGAAGUGAUGAUCAUGGGAGAUAAGAAUGGUGUGAUCACACCAACGAGGCUAAUAGUGGAUAUGGAGUUUAGGUCUCAGUUUGAGUUAGCAAAACCGACAAGGGCUUAUAAAGAGCUCACUGAAACUCUCCCUUGUGUGUUUGUUGGGACUGAAGCAAAACUUGCCAAGAUAAUCUCUCUGCUCUGUUCGGCUGCUAAAGAAUCACUGAAAGAGAGAGGCUUUCAUGUUCCUCCAUGGAGGAAAGCCUCUUUCAUGCAAUCCAAGUGGCUCUCCAAAAACUGCAAAAAGGUAUCAUAGAGUGAGCUGAGAUAAUAUUUAACUACCAAUUUACCCAUGCAUGUAGGUGCUCCAUUUUGGUAUCCUUUUUGGCCUUUUGAAGACAAAGAAUCAAUUUCAACUAUAUUCCACUGAAGCAUAUAAGACGACCAGGCUUUUGUACCAAAUUUCCGGAAUUUUGACCUUGUGUAAACAUAUGGAUAUGCUUCAUUUGAGCAAUAAUACUUCAUUUACACUCUAA